CCACAAACUGUUCAAUCUGAAAAACGUCAACAUGAGCGGCUUCUGCUCUCCCUGCUGCCAGCCCACAUCGCCAUGGAGAUGAAAGCAGAGAUCAUUCAGAGGCUGCAGGGUCCCAAGGCGGGCCAGAUGGAGAACACAAAUAACUUCCACAACCUGUACGUGAAGCGGCAUACCAACGUGAGCAUCUUAUAUGCUGAUAUCGUUGGCUUUACCCGGCUGGCAAGUGACUGCUCCCCAGGAGAACUAGUCCACAUGCUGAAUGAGCUCUUCGGAAAGUUUGAUCAAAUUGCAAAGGAGAAUGAAUGCAUGAGAAUUAAAAUUUUAGGAGACUGCUAUUACUGUGUAUCUGGACUUCCUAUUUCUCUCCCUAACCAUGCCAAGAACUGUGUGAAAAUGGGACUGGACAUGUGUGAAGCCAUAAAGAAAGUGAGGGAUGCUACUGGAGUUGAUAUCAACAUGCGCGUAGGUGUGCAUUCUGGGAAUGUCCUGUGCGGCGUGAUUGGUCUGCAGAAGUGGCAGUAUGAUGUGUGGUCCCAUGACGUGACCUUGGCCAACCACAUGGAAGCUGGAGGGGUCCCUGGACGUGUUCACAUUUCUUCCGUCACCCUGGAGCACUUGAAUGGCGCUUAUAAAGUGGAGGAGGGAGAUGGUGACAUUAGGGACCCAUAUUUAAAACAACACCUGGUGAAAACCUACUUUGUAAUCAACCCCAAGGGGGAACGACGGAGCCCCCAGCAUCUCUUCAGACCUCGCCACACCCUCGAUGGAGCCAAAAUGAGGGCCUCGGUCCGCAUGACCCGGUACUUGGAGUCCUGGGGGGCAGCCAAGCCCUUUGCACACCUACAUCACAGGGACAGCAUGACCACAGAGAACGGCAAGAUCAGCACCACGGAUGUACCGAUGGGUCAGCAUAAUUUUCAAAAUCGCACCUUAAGAACCAAGUCACAAAAGAAAAGAUUUGAAGAAGAAUUGAAUGAAAGGAUGAUUCAAGCAAUUGAUGGAAUCAACGCACAAAAACAAUGGCUCAAGUCUGAAGACAUUCAGAGAAUCUCACUGCUUUUCUAUAACAAAGUACUAGAAAAAGAAUACCGGGCCACAGCACUGCCAGCGUUCAAGUAUUACGUAACUUGUGCCUGUCUCAUAUUCUUCUGCAUCUUCAUUGUGCAGAUCCUUGUGCUGCCAAAAACAUCCACCCUGGGCAUCUCCUUUGGGACUGCGUUUCUCUUGCUGGCCUUCAUCCUCUUCGUCUGCUUUGCUGGACAGCUUCUGCAAUGCAGCAAAAAAGCCUCUCCCCCGCUCAUGUGGCUUUUGAAGUCCUCCGGCAUCAUUGCCAACCGACCCUGGCCACGGAUUUCUCUGACAAUCGUCACCACGGCCAUCAUACUAACCAUGGCCGUGUUCAACAUGUUUUUCCUGAGUGACUCCGAGGAAACAAUCCCUCCAACUGCCAAUACAUCAAACACAAGUUCUUCAGCCUCAAAUAAUCAGGCGGCGAUUCUGCGUGCACAAAAUUUAUUUUUCCUCCCGUACUUUAUAUACAGCUGCAUUCUGGGACUGAUAUCCUGUUCCGUGUUCCUGCGGGUGAACUACGAACUGAAGAUGUUGAUCAUGAUGGUGGCCUUGGUGGGCUACAACACCAUCCUGCUCCACACCCACGCCCACGUCCUGGGUGACUACAGCCAGGUCUUGUUCGAGAGACCAGGAAUUUGGAAAGACCUAAAGACCAUGGGCUCUGUGUCUCUCUCUAUAUUCUUCAUCACACUGCUUGUUCUGGGUAGACAGAAUGAAUAUUACUGUAGGUUAGACUUCUUAUGGAAGAACAAGUUCAAAAAAGAGCGGGAGGAGAUAGAGACCAUGGAGAACCUGAACCGCGUGCUGCUGGAGAACGUGCUUCCUGCACAUGUGGCUGAGCACUUCCUGGCCAGGAGCCUGAAGAAUGAGGACCUAUACCACCAGUCCUAUGACUGCGUCUGUGUCAUGUUUGCCUCCAUUCCGGAUUUCAAAGAGUUUUACACAGAAUCCGACGUGAACAAGGAGGGCUUGGAAUGCCUUCGGCUCUUGAACGAGAUCAUCGCUGACUUUGAUGAUCUUCUGUCCAAGCCAAAAUUCAGUGGAGUUGAAAAGAUCAAGACCAUUGGCAGCACAUACAUGGCAGCGACAGGUCUGAGCGCUGUGCCCAGCCAGGAGCAUGCCCAGGAGCCUGAGCGGCAGUACAUGCACAUUGGCACCAUGGUGGAAUUUGCUUUUGCUCUGGUAGCGAAGCUGGAUGCCAUCAACAAGCACUCCUUCAACGACUUCAAGCUGCGAGUGGGUAUUAACCAUGGACCUGUCAUAGCUGGUGUAAUUGGAGCUCAGAAGCCGCAAUAUGAUAUCUGGGGCAACACGGUCAAUGUGGCCAGUAGGAUGGACAGCACUGGAGUCCUGGACAAAAUACAGGUCACUGAGGAGACAAGCCUCGUCCUGCAGACCCUCGGAUACACAUGCACCUGUCGAGGAAUAAUCAAUGUGAAAGGAAAGGGGGACCUGAAGACAUACUUUGUAAACACAGAAAUGUCAAGGUCCCUUUCUCAGAGCAACGUGGCAUCCUGAAGAAUCACCUUCAUUUUGGCAAGAAGACUGUAUUUCCAGGAAGUUACCACACACUUUCUGACUGCAACUUCUGUCCCUCGUUUUUGAUGUGCGUGCUCUGUCUGUCCUAUGGAGCCUCUGCAGACUCGUUCCCAUGACCCAGUGGCAUACCGUUUGGUGUCUGACGUGUGCCCAGAUCGUUCUGCCACUUGCACUGUGCUUGCUCCUAAGCAAAAGGGAAAAGGAGCGUGCAUGAUAGAAGAAAAGCAUCCAGAGAACUAACAAAGAGGAGAGAGGUGAAACACACACACACAUUCUUAAGGCAAUAAAACUAGGGGGUGUAUAUUAUCUUCUGGUGCAUGUUCUUUUCUGGAAAAUAACGUAGCUCGCCAACCACAUCCGCUCGUCUGAUACUCAACCACACAGUAUUCGUGAAUAAGUUGAUUCUGUCCCCCACAUGGAGUCUGUGCUUACCUGUCAUCUCAUUGCCAGUGGUGUCCAAGGGCCCCCGUUGGGACCCACGGCUCUCGUCCCUCUGCUCCAUGUGCCUCAUGCCAGCAGCACGUCACCAUCCAUCACCAGAGUUAGUCCUCACAGCCUAGGACCAGUUUUGUACCAGACUCGUCUGAUGUUUUGAUGCCAUUUGUCUUUUGUAAAGUUAAUUCAUUAAAAGUUUUACGUACUUUGA